AAAACCCGGUACUUUGUUGCUACACAAGCGUAUCAUCAUAAGAACCAAAUUCCCAGCAUCAUCAAUCUCAAAACGGCACAAUGUUAGUCAACCUUUUUGUGCUGACAUUCAUAACAAAUUUAUUCGGCUACGUGUUGGAACGCGUGGUCACAAUACUGUGGACCUUUGUCACAGCUUGGAGUAGCAACAAGACAUUUUUCGUGUUUCUGGAGUCGGAAUACGAGGAAAAAGUGAUUGAAUUUUACCGCCUUAACGGACUACACAGCCUCAGGUGGAUAACAGUCUCACUUGUAGCGUUCAUAACCAUUGCAGGAUCUACCUUCGUGAGCCCGGCAUUGCAGGCGACCCUUAAUUCAAGCGAAUCGUGGUCGCAGCAAAGCUUGGUCAACCUAAGCUGCACUUUGGAUCAAUUGAGCUUCGCUAAACAGCACUCAUACGACACCAUAGGUGAAGAGCAGUCGUUCUAUGAUAACAUGAAUAGAAUAUUCUCAGGUUGUGAUAAUCAACCGAAGAAUUUCCGAGUUAAGCAGGUCGAGACCACACCCAUAACAGACACGUUUGGUCUAAUCAAGGACAACAAUCUCACCUUACUAUUUUCACUCACAGCCGGUAUAGGAACAUUGCCCUACGGCAGUGAUCCGGACCACCCUGAUAGUAGUCCGCUUGCUAGCUACUCUGGCACAAGUGGCACGAGCUUGAGUGUUAUCCCCGCUGAUUUUGUACUAGUUAAUUCCAAUUCAGUGUUAGAGGUGACCACAGCAGCAACGUAUGCCUCCUUUGGCAACUUUACCACCACAACUUUGGAGGAACGGGGGUACACCUUGUCUCUGCGUAAUGGUUUCUUUCAUAGACUGGUAGUGUCUGUCACUACUGUAGUGAACGGCGCUGGGAGACAGCCAUACCGACUACAACCAUGCAGCUCAGUGCUUUCUGGCUCAGGUAAUCAGACCAACAAUUAUAUAGCAUUUGCCGAUGCCGCGCAACAGCAAAGAGACGUUUUUCACUGCAAUGACAGCACGAUACAAAUUUUUAUGGACAAUGCAGGCAUAAGAACAAUAACUUUUAUAACGCUAGAAGCCGACGAGGCGGUAGCGCUUAACAACCAGAGCCGAAUUGUCCCAACACUCCCAUCGUUCAACAAUGAAGUAUUUUUCCAGAUGCAGACUGGGUGACGCAAGCAAAUUGGUCCAACUUCUUAACCACACUCCAGCACUCUGAAAGCUUAUAUUAUGUUGGAAGGGAUGUCAGGAUACUCGAUA